AUGAAGGUGGUGAUUAUACUUUUGGUGGUGUUCCAAAACAGCCUCGCUGCCAUUAACACCAACUUUUCCACCACAGUACAAUCUCAAAAAUUCAAACCUUCUACAACACGCCUAACAACAUCUUCUUCUUCCACUUCUCAAAGCGCACACCAUUUGACAGCUCUCAUAUCUCUUAAAUCCUAUACUGUUUCUAAUCCGCAAAAAGAGAUAACUCAAACCACAUCAUUGCAUCAAAGUACGGCCACCGCUUUCUCAACAACUUUCUCACCAAAAUCUACAGGAACCAUCAAACAUUUUUCAUCUUCUUCUACUACUGUGCAUACUCCGUCCACAUCUCAAUCCCCCAUCCCUUCUGCAUCUGUCUCUUCAGAUGAAACAAAUACCAAAGGAUCAUCGUCAACGACUGUACCAACAACUCCAACAUCAGAUAUUUUAACAGGUUAUAUAAAGAUACCGGGAAUGGCAAGUCUCUAUAGUGCAUUGACAUAUAUGACCAUCUCAGACGCCACUACUUGCGCUGCAGAAUGUGAAAGCGAUGAUGAAGAAGACUUUCGGUGUUUUAGUUUUGACAUUUGUUCUGGUCAGAAACUGUGUUCGCUUAGUCCAGAAAAUAUAACUAAUCCUGAUCUAUUGACUGACAGUGUUGGGUGUGAUCACUAUGUUAGAAAAGAGCCAAAUUUGAAGACACACAAACUUCCAGACAGAAAAGUUUUAGGAAAAUAUAGGCGAAUGUCUGGCAAAUACAAUCCAUACAGUACAUUGACAUAUAUGAGUAUAUCUGACGUUAUAACCUGUGCAGCUGAAUGUGAAAGCUCAGACGAAGAAGACUUCCGGUGCUAUAGUUUUGAUAUUUGUGCUGGAAAGAAACUGUGCUCUCUCAGCUCUGAAAACAUAACUGAUAGUAAUUUGUUGGUGGACAGUGCAGAUUGUGACCAUUAUUCAAGAUGGUACGGUGGAAGUGAAGUAACUAAUAAAAUUAUUCAUAUCUAUCCCACUAAAGAACCAUCAAAAAAUACAGGAACCCUGGUUGGUUUGGGUGUAGGUAUGUUGGCUGUGGGAUUAAUACUUGGUAUUUGUGCAAUCUGCUUCUAUAAUAAAUUCAAAAAUCAUAAACGUGAUGGACUUGAACUGGAUAAUCUUAGAAAGUACUGAUUGAUUACCGUCAAUUGAGUUAUUCAUUUUAAAAAACUGUAUUUACAUAAUACGUAUAUAUAUAUAUAUAUACUGUGACCUUUCACCAGAUUGAUUUCAACAAUUAAAAGGUAUUUAAAAAGA